AUGGAUGACAACGUGCGGAAUGGCCUGCAGGCCGAGCAGUGGCUGCCAAUGUUCGAGAAGGGAGAAAAAAGAGCGAGCUCGCUGGGCAGCGGAGCGUUCAGGUUCAUCCGCACGCGCAGCAGUAUCCGGCGGGAACUCAAGAGGCAGUGCAACAGGCUGAUAAGCCGUUUAGACGGUUUCCAGCGUGCCGUUCCGCGGCUCAUUGUGUGUACUGUACGUUACCGAGCUUAUAGAACCAGGGAGCAGGGGAGAGGAGCUGGCCGAUACGGACAGACCGAUAAGCAAGGACGUGCUUAUGAAACUUGGCACCUCGCUAUCCGGUUCUCGGAUCUUCCCGCAGCGAGCCUUCGAAAUAAUCCGUAA